GUGUGCGCCUUAAUGUUGCCGGGUUUUUAAUUGUGGGAAGGGUGUAUUAUCCGUUUUUUAAAGCGCUGAAAAAUGUCUUCAGAUUCUGGUUACGGUCAGCCUGGCGCCACGCAAAGCUAUGGGUCAUAUGGAGCACCUCCACCACAGGGCUACCAGCAGAGUGCACAGGGCUAUGGCCAGGGGAAUGAUGGGUCAUCCUAUGGAGGUCAAAGCUAUGGAAGCUAUGGACAGUCAGAAAGUUAUGGACAGACGGCACAGGGCUUCUCUGGUGGUUAUGGACAGCAGCAGCAACAGCCACCGCCGCAACAGCAGCAGCAGCAGCAGCAGCAACAGGGCUAUGGCAGCUAUGGACAGCAGAGCACAGAACCCUCUAGCGGGUAUGGAGACAAGUCAUCAUCCUUUGGCCAGCAGUCAGCUUAUGGACAACAAGGAUCUUAUGGACAACAGGGAUCCUAUGGACAAUCUCAAGGUGCUUAUGGAAGGCAAAAUGAAGGUGAUUAUGGUCAGGACUCGAGGCGAUAUGGAGGAGACGAGGGCAGGGACAGGUCUGACGGAUAUGGCUACGGAUACAGAGGCAGGGGGCGUGGAGGAUACGAUCGGGACGGAAGAGGCGGACCUGGUAUGGGAGGUGGUGACCAUGGUGGCUUCAAAAAUAACGGUGGCCCCAGAGAUUAUGGGCAAAGAAAUGAUUCCGGUGGGGAUCAAGACAACUCUGACAACAACACCAUCUUUGUCCAAGGACUUGGGGAGGAUGUUUCUGUUCAGGAAGUCGGGGACUUCUUCAAACAGAUCGGCGUCAUUAAGGUGAAUAAGAAAACAGGCAUGCCCAUGAUUAAUUUAUACACUGACAAAGCAACUGGAAGGCCGAAAGGAGAGGCCACUGUUUCAUUUGAUGACCCUCCCUCCGCUAAAGCUGCGAUUGACUGGUUUGAUGGAAAAGACUUCAACGGCAGACCCAUCAAGGUGUCAUUUGCAACCCGGAGGGCAGAGUUCACACAGAGAGGUGGUGGCAGAGGACGUGGAGGUUACAGAGGUGGUCGUGGAGGCUAUGGUGGUGGAGGUCCCACAUUUGAUGUGAAGGGAGGAGACUGGCCAUGUCCCAAUAGUUCCUGUGGCAAUAUGAAUUUUGCACGAAGGUAUGAGUGCAACAGAUGUGGCACACCUAAACCAUCGGACGGUUCCGGAGAUCGUGGUGGCAGAGGAGGGUAUGGAGGUGACAGAGGUGGGUUCCGCGGACGUGGUGGCUACCGUGGUGGAGAUCGUGGUGGUUACGGUGGAGAUCGUGGUGACCGUGGUGGCUACAGUGGUUACAAGAUGGGAGGAAGAGGUGAUCACAGAGACGAAAGACGAGACCGGCCAUACUGAGAAUGUCUGUCAAUCCCAUUUCCGCCUUGGGGUGAAAGGGGGGUUGGGGUUUGAUCCAUGUUUCUGUACUGCGAACCUUUCAUUAUCAGAACUUCCCUUGUACUGCUCCCGAACUGUCUGUUGGUCUGCACCUACUGUGAAUGAAAGAACUUUUGGGGUGGCGGAGCAAGAGCUUGUGAAUUUUUCUUUC